UGUACGAAACGUAAUAAAAUACAGUACUAGAAUACCUUGUUCGUUCGAUCCCCUCUUUCUUUUUUUUAUCAGUAGGGUAGUACGUACGGUAUCUUCCGGGUCGAACAAGACCACGAUCGAAUCGAAUUUUGGUUUUGGAUUUUCGUUUGCACGAUCUAUCAAUCUAUCAAGGGUGCAGUUCGUGUUUGUUCGAUUCUGUACAGAACCAUGGUUCCAUACGUACGCAUACGAGUACUCGUAAGCUCACGACUCGUCUCUCGUCGCACUUGCUCCUUUUUUGGUCCGAGAGAGAACCGUCGCUUGUGUCGUCUUUCAUAGGCUGCAGCUGCUUUGCUCCAAACUGCCGUUUGGACGACCCAGACACAUGCGUCGGCCGGAACGGCUUCGUCUCGGUCGCGACUCGUACGGGUCUCUGCCUCGGGAUUGGAUUCCUUCUCGGCGUUCGUUGGCACGAUCCACACCGUCGAACGCGGGGCCGAUGCACACCGCGAAGCGCCGGUGCGGACUGGUGGUCCGCUCCCCCUCCCUUUUCGAGGCACGGUGGGUUGUGUUGUGGCGGGAAUCGAUCCCACAACACGAGAAACACGAUUCUGCACGAAUGCAGCGGUACGGUAGCUUCCACCACCAGCAACAAAGCAUCCCAAAGACCAGGAACAACAGCAACAAGAGCAGCAGCAACAGCAGCAGCAACAACAACAACAACAUCAACAGCAGCAGCAACAACAACAGCAGCAGCAACAACAACAGCAACAGCAACAGCAACAGCAAGGCCAAUGUCGAAAACGCCCUUCCCGAAUCCAGCCACGGCGGAGCAACCAUCGCCCCCGUCCCGCGGCAACGGCGCCACAACCGCCGCGAGACGCCGGAGCAUCGGCAUCGGCAACGGCAACGGCAGCGGCGACGCGGGAAGCUUUUUUUCCAGGGCAAAGCCCAACCUGCGGCGCUCGAACGUCUACUGCCCUGCCGGCGCAAGGGCGAUCCACCGAAGCACMGAGCGGGGGGUCGCCGCACCGUAGCGCGGUAUGCCACAACACCGGCGUUGGUCCCGGGCCAACCGGGAGGAACCAAACCGGUGGAGCGCCGGAGCUGACCGAAGCGAUUGUCCUCCAAAGACGAAACGCAACAGAGACCAAACAAGUAACAAUAUAGACGAAAUGUUAUA